CCUACUAGUCCAGAAGAGAUGAUGGAGAGUUUCCUAGUCUCGUAUCCAAGCCUAUGUUGUGUUACACUGAUCAUCGGAUGGUUAGUGCAUUGGGCAUACAAAUGGGCAAAUCCGCCGUGCAAAGGAACCCUUCCUCCGGGCUCCAUGGGGUUCCCAAUUGUCGGUGAGACCUUCCAAUUGUUCAAACCAAGCCCUUCUUUCGACAUCCCAAGCUACUAUCGACAACGACUGGAGAGAUACGGUACCCUGUUCAAGACCAGCCUGGCCGGGCAGCGUGUGGUCGUUUCCCUCGACCCGGAGGUGAACCACUUCAUCUUUCAAGAAGAGGGCAAGUUGUUCCGAAGCUGGUACCCGGAGGCGGCAAACAACAUCUUCGGCAAGAAGAGCGUCACCAAGUUCAAUGCCACUGUCCACAAGUUCGUCCGGAGCUUCGCGUCCAAGCUCUUCGGCGUAGAAAACCUCAGGGAAGUGCUCAUCCGAGAGCUGGAGGAUGCCAUCAGGCAGAGCUUUGCGGCGUGGGCAGCCAAACCAAGCAUCGAGGUGAAGGAUGGGGUAGCUGAUAUGAUAUUUGACCUGGUCGCCAAGAAGAUGAUCAGCAUGGAACCUGGUGAGUCAAGAGAACUGAGAAAGAACUUCGAGGACUUCUUCCGGGGGAUGCUAAGUUUCCCAAUAUACUUUCCUGGGACAUUGUAUUACAAAUGCAUGAAGGGAAGGAGAAACGUGCAUAGGAUAUUGUCUGAUAUACUGAAAGAGAGGCUAAGCACACCUGGGAAGAAACACGGCGACCUUGUUGACCUACUUGUAGAAGAACUGCGGAGUGAAAAGCCGCUAAUAGACGAGAAUUUUGCUAUAGAUGCACUUGCUGCCAUCUUAUUUGGCAGCUUCGUGACGGCAUCAGCAGCCCUCACCAUAGGUUUCAAGUUCCUCACUGACAACCCUAAAGUUGUCGAAACGCUUAAGGAGGAGCACGAAAUAAUAUUAAAGAAACGAGAAGACAAGAAUUCUGGAUUCACAUGGGAGGAAUACAAGUCCUUGACAUUCACUACUCAGGUAAUGAACGAGAUUACUCGAAUGGGUAACAUCGCACCUGGGAUUUUCAGGAAAACCCUGAAAGACGUGCAAGUGAAUGGCUAUACAAUUCCAGCGGGGUGGCUAGUGAUGAUUAGCCCCAUGACCGUCCAUCUAAACCCAAAAUUUUUUGAGGAUCCACUCAAAUUUAAUCCAUGGAGGUGGUCGGACGAGGCGAAACAAAUAGCACAAAAGAGGAAUUUCAUGCCGUUCGGAGGAGGCAUAAGGCUUUGCCUCGGGGCAGACUUCAGCAAACUUUUUAUUUCACUUUUCCUCCAUGUUUUGGUGACAAAAUACAGAUGGAUCGAGAUAAAAGGAGGGGAAGUAUUACGUGCUGCAGAGAUGGUGAUUCCUCAAGGCUACCAUAUCCAACUCGUUCCUACGUCCUAAGGAACAUGGUGUACGCGUAUCUACGUACUAUUUUGUUGGAGAUUCCAAGUGCAGUUAGUAGUAAGUGUGUGAGAGAGAGACAAGAAAGUGCAAGCUUAGCACUUACUUGCAUGUAUGUCUAAGUCACAAUAAAAGGUAUUGUGUGUAUGUGGUCUCGGUGGCUAUACGUAAAUCCGAAUAUGAGUGUAUACUAAAGUUG